AUGGGUAAACUUGACACAGUCUCAUCAAAGUCCAACUCGGACUUCCCUCAGCCUCGAGAGGAUGAGGAGUCUCUCACGCUUCACAGAGAUUGGAGCUUGGAUGAGGAGAGAAGAGCUAAGCGCAAGCUUGACUUAAUUAUCAUGCCAUUAUUAACGCUCGGCUUCUUCUGCCUUCAACUUGAUCGAGGUAACAUCGCCAACGCCCUGACUGACAACUUCAUGGAAGAUGUCGGCGUCACCCAAAACCAGUUCAACGUCGGUCAACAGAUGCUCUCCCUCGGCAUCGUCCUCUUCGAAAUCCCCUCGAACAUGAUUUUGUACAGAGUAGGCCCUGGUAAAUGGUUGACUCUCCAACUGUUUCUCUUCGGCACAGUCAGUACCUUCCAGGCCUUCCAGAACAACUACGGAUCCUUCGUCGCAACACGGUUCCUUCUCGGUAUCACCGAAUCCGGAUUCAUCCCCGGUGGACUCUGGACCUUGUCGACGUGGUACACACGUAAGGAAACAGCUAAGCGUGUCAUGUUCUUCUAUUUUGGAAACCAGUUCGGCCAGGCUUCUAGUAAGCUCCUAGCCUACGGUAUUCUCCACAUGCGUGGCGUUGGGGACAAGGCUGGCUGGUUCUGGCUUUUUGUCCUUAUGGGAGCUUUCACUGUUCUGAGUGGUGUCGUUCUGGGCUGCUGCUUGCCUGACUCCUUCAAAAAUCCCCGAAGCACAUUCCUUCCUAACGUCAAGAUCUUCAAUGAGAGAGAAUUACAUAUUCUCCAGACUCGUGUCCUUCUUGAUGAUCCUAUGAAGGGCAAGAAGAAGAAGAAGAUCGGCUUGGGUGCCUUCAAGAAAGCUUUCUCCAACUGGCGCCUUUGGGUCCAUGUCAUCAUUACUCUUACCAAUAACGGACCUCAACGUGCUUUCGACACAUACUCGCCUUCUAUCGUUAAGAGCUUCGGCUUCCAGGGUCUCACUAGUAAUGCCCUCGCCUCAGUCGGUCUCUUCCUUCAGAUCCCCGUUUCGUGGACCUUCAGCUACGUUUCUGAUCGAUUACCAGAGACCGUCAUCGCGGGCUUGAGCAUGCACUUGCUGGGUUACGUGUUCAACCGCAUCUUCACAGAGCUCGGACGAAGAGGAGUCAGUUAUUUUGGUGUUGUAUGGACUCAGACCUUUGGUACCUUCUCACACCCUCUUAACAUCGCUUGGAUGUCCCUUGCAUGUGAUGAUUCAGAGGAACGAGCUCUCGCUAUGGCCAUGGUCAUUAUGGGAGCAAAUAUUGCUGGAAUCUACGGUGCACAGAUCUUCCGAUCUGAUGAUAAGCCCAAAUAUCGCCGUGGCUUCACUAUCAACAUCGUUGUCCUCGCCGUUGGUCUCGCGCUUGCGGUCCUUCGUUUCUUCGAUGAUAAGAUCUGGCGUCGCUCCAAGGUUGCCGAAAUUCAGGAGCAACUUGCUCGUGAAAACGGUGAACUUAGUCAGAGUGAUGAGAAGAGUCAGAGUGAAUCUGGGCAGAGAGAUGACCGUACACCAACGCUUGGUUUAGAGAAAACAUCUCCGGCUGAGCUGAACCCCAUUGCCAAGCCUACCCAGUGA